AUGGGCGCCUUCAAGCUGGCGCGCACGGCUUACCAGAGGUUGCAGACGCUGAGGCUGCCAUCGGCCUGGAAGGAGGAAGUAGACCUGCAUUCCGUGCUCGUCCGGUCGAAGCCGUUCCUGGACAAGGAGGAGCUCCUGCCCGUUUGCUACCGCUGCGGGACGACAAACCCUCUGCUGAGCAGCCACGGCGACAGAUGCGUCACGUGUGGAAACGCAUUCAUAAGGUCGUUUUUGACGUUCGAUCUCCUUCCCUUGGUGGAGUUCAUGCUUGAGGACGGCAUUAGUCCUGACGAAGCCAUGGAAAUCAUCGGCGAGGAAGCGACCAAUCCCUCCGCCCGUCCGUCGGGCGCCAGGGAGCGCAUCGAUGAGGACGCCCAGGUGCUGACGCUGGACGACCCGGCCGACGCGGACGACGCGCUGGACGACCCCCUGUCGUCCCAGACGGCCGUCCCCAACGUGCCGGUCGUCGCGAACCGCCGAGCCCUGAGGCGCCUGAGCAGGUCGGAGGUCGUGCCGUGGAGGCCGCCGCACGCGGCCCUGGCCGUGCGCUUCUUCAGGCUGGUGGACACUUCCAUGCCGGUGCGCUGCGGCGCGUGCGGCCACUUCUUCGAGGAGGAUGAGUUCGAGAUGGCGGUGCUGGAGAGCGGGCGCCUGCCGUUCACCAGGGAGCCCGCCCCGGGGGAGGGGAGUCUGGAGGGACCGCUGUAG